AUGGAAGGACUUACGGAAGAUGAGAAAAGGGCACUGAGAGGAAGCAAAUUUGCGCCUCUUCCAUCUGCUUCCGCUCCUUCCCGAUCCCUACCAAGGUUAGCUCACCCUGGGGGGCCAGUGAAGACUAAUAAGGCGGCAGCAUUGGCGAAAUUUCUUGAACGGAAGCUUCAGGAUCCAAGUGGGUUGGCCUCUGUCGACCCAAAGCUUGUUGAAUUGGCUGUGAAAAAUGCCAAACAAACUGUUCAAUCCAGUUGGGCCUCAACUUCAGGAAGGAUAGUUCAUUACGUUAAUUAUUUUAGCGACUCUGAGGAUCCUGUAGAAGAGGAGGAGGUAAAGACCUCUUUGUCAAAGAAACACAAGAAGAAGAAGAAGAAGAAGAAGAAGGAGGAGGAGGAGGAGGAAAAGAAUAGAAACAAUAAACAGAAAAAAUUGGAGGACUCUGGUUGUGAUACAUCAAAAAGACGUGACAAGAAGCUGAAAUUAUGAUCAUAUGAGAUUUAGGAGGAGAUUCUUCCAGGCUUUAGAAGCUGAAAGAUACCGACUAGAGAGAGAGGCGUUUUCCUCGCUUUUUAAAAAAAAAAUAAAAAUGGCUGGAAUAUAUAACAAGAACUAGACUAAUUACUGGUUAGAUUUCGUUGGCAUUCCUAUUAUUCAUCGGGUGACUUGAAAAGCCAUGCUAGUUGCCAUUUAUGUUUCCCUACUUUUUGAAAUUCAUGGUUUUGCCAACAUUUUCGAAGAUGCCAGGGAAUGACAAGACAUGGGAUGGUAGGCUUGACGUGAUUCUUUUUUCUUGCUAUCUAUCUGAUGAGCUUUUCGCUAUGUUCAAAAAAAGGUUUAGAUGAUCAAUUA